GCAGGAUCCAGCGGACCCAAGCCAGCAGCCAGAGGCAGAAGAGCCAGAGGACAUCAAGAAGAAGCGACGCAGGCGUCGGCGUGGAAAGCGGAGGGGCAAAGGCAACAAGGAUGCCCAGGAGGCAGAUGACGAUGCCGAUGACAGUGACAUCCCUGAAGAGCUGAAAGACGACACGGCCGGGGAAGACCGCGGAAGCAUACAGCCGGCGGAGGCACCUGCCCAAACCCAAGAGCACGGUGCUGGAGCAGCUACACCGGUGCCUGUGCCAGAAAGCUCACCAUCGGAAGCCUCAAACGAAGCAAGCUUGAGGAAGCAGCAGGGAGGUCUACCUGAGGAUCCUGAGUGGAAGCCACGACUUGAUGGCACAGAGGUUGCGGAGGUCCCGCCAUGGGCGCCACCUUCACCACUGGAAGCAACAGCUGACAGCCACCGACAGGAGACUGCUGAGCUUUGGGGGACAGGUCCCAGUGCAGCCUUGCUCGAAGUCCCAACAACGGUGUCGUCGCCUGCAAAAGCGCCUACG